GAGAGAGGUAACACCGGUCGGCGGCAUUCCGCUUUGUGCACUGUGACGCUUCGGAUGUUGGCCGCGAGUGCUCUCCGCUUGGCGCGACUGUGAACGCCCGGAUGCGAGCGGGAUUAGCGUGGAUGCGCGCCACCACUGACGCCGGCUCGUGUUGUGUGUGAGAAGAAACACGCAGCCGUUUCUCGUAGACUUCCGGACGGUGCUGGCGAAUUCUCGAUCGUUUCGGGGAAGUCUCUCUGCCUAAGUUCGUCGGCGGUUUUGUCGUUCCACACUGCGCGGCAGCCUCGAAGCCGCCGCCGUCCUCCUCACGCUCAGUUAUGGAUACCACCAGCCUGCCUCACGUCCAUCAUUCUCCUGCUGGCUGCCUUCUCGGCGACGACAGUCGGCCAGACCGAGACGACAACGACGACGCCGGCAGCGACAACAACGGAAACUCCGGCUCAAGACUCUCCAAACAAUUUCUUCGGGACGUCCUCCGAAGACAGUUUGCUCGGCGAACAAGGGACAGCCAUUGCUGGGCUCACGGUUCGAACGGAUGACCAAUCUGCUACUUCGCCGCCAAGCCCAGGAAACAGCCUUGGAGCGGCGUCGCCUAACGAUAUUUUUGGCACGGAAAAUCAAAAAUUGAACGACAUAGAGGCAGAUAAGUUGACGAAGACAGAAGUACACGCACCGCCGGAAAGCGCCGUUGGUAUUGAAAUGUCCGUGCUGACGAGAAACGAGACUACGACGUUGGCGCCUACGCUGCCUUCGACGACAGAGACAGGACCAAGUUCCGUGGGUGCUUUUGUGACGACUGGGUCAACCGAAGAAGCAGCGUCCUCUAGCACAGACGAGACAACUACGUAUAGUCAAGAUGGUGAUGACGGUGCGACGAGCGCGUCUUCGACGGUUCCGGUUACAUCGCGUACGUUGUCGCCAGAUGUGACUACACCAUACGGCUCCGAGGGUACCACGGAAACUGCAUUCGCUGCGACGAACGUGCCAAACGCCUUGCAAGAGACGUCUUCUCCCGAGUCCUACGCUACUCAACCUGUACAUUCCUCGCCAUUUGCCAUCGACCAAGCCGAUGCCUUGUCGCAGUCCACUUCAUUGCCCAGCAGUUAUGGUCCGCUGGCAACGGAAGGUGCAUUGGAGAUAAACAGCGAUGGUGCUUACGGAGGCUAUCCGAACAACCCGGCCGAACUGUCCACCGGUGCUGCCGCGCCUGAUCAGGUGGCAACGGGCCCUUUUCAUACUCCCAACAGUUAUUCUGAACCGCAGGGAACAAACAUUCCGAGCUACCUCAGUACGAUUGACGCGAACAGCGGCAUCUUACCGGGACCUGCCACCGAUUAUACUUACCCAGGAUACAGCUCUGCAGUAGUGGGCAAUCGAGGACCAACAUUUUUUAGCAGUCGAGAACCAACAGUACGCGUAAGAUUGCCGUGGGGAAAUGGGGGGGCUUCAGUACAGGCUCAUGAGCAUGACGUGACGUCAGAACCUCCCACGCACGCCACUACAGACGUAGUUCCGACAAGCGAUUCCGGAGCGUCGUUGCUAACGUCAGCUGGAGAGAGUACAACUGAAGGAACAACUAAUGCAGUGCCCUUCACCACAGCACAGUACCAUUACACUGAUGAUACUGGGACAACGGAAUCACCGACUGAGCACGAAAGUACAGACUCGCAGCAUCAUAGUGAGCAGACCAGCUCUACAGAAAAACCAGAUGAGGAAGCAACAACCAUUACGCCUCAUACCAGUUUACACGACAGCGUAACCGAUGUGCCAAAUACUGAGUCAAGCGUGGCACCGGAGCAUGUCGGAAACAGAGCAAAGAUGGGCAGGGCCCGAACCAUGGAGGAAACAACAGACGUCUCUAGUAAUGAUGUGGACGAUGCAGCGAAGGGGCUUUCAGGUGCGUCUGUCUCAGUUUCACCUAUUACUUCGAAUCCAGAAAGUGUCCCUAGUGCCACUGGUACAGAUGAACCAACAACAGUUUCUCCUACAGAAAGCACCGUGACUUCCAUGGGCAAAACAGAACAUACUACAACUGCAACCGCAGAAGCUUCAACCACAGGUAUUACAGGGACCUCCGCUGCUGAUGUUAGGCAGACAAGCAGUGAAGGCGUAACAGAAUCGCCUGUUGCGAUCGAAACAUCGACCCCGGUCAUCACUACCACUUCGGAGGCUACUAGUGCAGCUAUGUCACAGACAACGACUGGGCAUUCGACUUCUACUGAAGAAGGCACCUCGCCAGAGACCACCGAGGCUAGCCCGUCCCAAGAUCAAGCGGAAAUUGCCACUUCGAAUUCUGACGAGGAGACCUCAAGCCCAGUUACAGACGCAACGACUGAGAAGGUCACUGAUCCAGCGACAACUGCGCCAACGGAUUUGUCGACUCAGGGCGUUACGCAGUCAACGGAAGAAUCAGAGGUUUCUAGUCAGUCAGAUGUGGGUGGUAGUAUCGACAGCAGCACUCAGUCCCCGGAUGUGGUCCCCGACACGCACGAAGACCCCGCAGCAGUGACAACGGAAGCUGCCACGACAGAAUCUCUAACGACACCUUCGGCUGAGACAUCGCGGGCAGAAGCGUCUACAGGCGAAACAUCUACAUCAGGGUAUUCAGAGCAGACCACAAGGGAUGGUGUCACGACUAUGACUCCUGCUGGGACAGAACAUCCGAAACACGAGGUCUCGCAGGAGACGCAUACAAGCCCUUCCGAUUCAGCUACAACAGAAAUCGCUGAGCCAGUAGGCCGGGAAGAACUGGCGACACAAGGGGUGCACAAUGGCGAGCAAACUACUCCCACCCCACCAGAAGAGUCCACUGCUCAUACCACCGAGCAGGUAACAACAAUGUCGGAGCAACCAGAGACCACAGAGGUACCGACGAAUGAAGCAACGACGACACAUUCACCGGCGAUUUCUACUGAAGGUGAUGGGAACGCAGCUACGACUUCAACACCGGUUUACAGACCAGAUGAGUCUACAACGCCACCUGCUGAGACCACAACAACCGUGGAAGCCGAGUCUGCAGUGCCAGGUGCCGAGACUACGACACCGACAGCCGACAUUACAACAAGGUCAACUGCCGAAACCACAACGCCAACUUUCGAAACUACCACACCCCCACCCACUGCCGAGACUACAGCAGCGCCAGCUGCCGAGUCUACAGCGCGUUCAGCUGCCGAGACUACAGAAGCACACGUUACCAAGACUACAGAACCGACAGUUGCCGAGACUACAGAACCGUCAGCUGCCGCGACUACAGAAGCACCAGCUGUCGAGACUACAGAAGCACCAGCUGCCGAGACUACAGGAGCACCAGCUGCCGAGACUACAGAACCACCACAUGCCGAGACUACAGAACAGCCAACUGCCGAGACUACCACACCGGCCGCCGAGAUUGCAACACAGGCAGCCGAUACCACAACUCGAACUGUGGAAACCACAACUGCCGUGAAAGCUGAACCCGAAACCACACCAGCAGUAGGCGAAGUCACGAUGCCAUCAUCAGGCGCAGAUUUUACGACAGGAGCAGUAAGUGAUGUCACAACGAUUACGCCAGUCGAAACUACAACACUCGCAAACGCUGAGACGACGGAACUGUCCGUCGACGCUGGAGCAGAGACGGAAGGGACAAGCGUUUCUUCGGCAAGCCGCAGUCCGAAGCAACUUUCUGAGAGCACAUCUGCGUCUCUUCCGGAGUGGAGCACGCUGCCUUCUACCGAACACGACCACAAGCACAGCUUCACGACUGCCCCUGACCUGUUUUCAACGACUCAGGAAUAUAGAAGCUGGGAGGCAAGCACGACACACGCUCCAUCUUCCGUAGAGCCUGUUGGCCGGGAGAUUACAGAAAGGGAACCGUGGAACACGUAUCCCACAACAGUCUCCACCAUCCAGGACUGGAAGCCGUCAACAGAGACAGCGGUAUACACGUCAGGUUCGCCAACCAGUACGACAACCGAAGGCGACGAGUCUUGCAUCAUUAUGGAUGGUUCCCUGCCGGUGCGGUGUCUUUUGCCUGAGGAGCUCAACCACACGGUCACGGUCAAGUUUGGCGAUCUGAACCAAACCCGGGCGGAAAUAUUCCGCGCGGAGGCCAGAGUGUGGCUGUUGGACUACUGCAAUAAAAAUGGCAUCCCAAUUGGUGAACCAACAGUGGUGUUCCUCCCUCGAAACAGCCAUAUGGACACGAUCACCUUCUUCGUUGUCAACAACACCAGAGGUUCAGUGGUUCCAAGUGAUACUGUCGUUGCAGUCCUCACCAACAUGAAGCUGACAUUUGAAGAUAGGCUCGGAACAGCGAUAACGGACGUCUUCUACGGAUUGCCCAUAGUGCACAAGACAGAUGAGCCCAGCACUACCUUCCUGGGGUCAUCUCUUGGCCUCGUUUACGUCAUCGUGGGAGCGGCGGUGGCGGCCCUGCUUCUACUGGCCCUGCUCGUGGUCAUCAUGGUCAAGUGUCGAACGCUUUCCUCAAACCAGUACUCGCCCGAUUCGGAGAAGCUGACCAAGGACUUGCACAUGCGGGCAGAGAUGGGCGACCUGCGGCCAGCCGACGAGAUCCUCAAGGAGGAGGCCCAGCUCAAGGAGGCCAUCAACGGCAACGGCACGCACAUCAACGGCGACGGCUGGGUCGUGCCGUACUCGCAGAUAGUCAGCGAGCGCAAGGACAAGCCCGACGCACAGGACACGCGGCUCUGAAGCCCGGUCUUCGUCGCACCGCUGGAACGAGAUCUCCAGGGUACCGCAGUCGGCUGUUAGGCAAUGCUUGGACUCAUGGCCUCCGAUGCAAACACGCUUGAGUACACAGGAAGUGCAGAAGAAAAGAGGAGGGUCUCCGCGAGCGCAGUGCACAAGAUUACUUUAGUUCUGAAAGAACUAUCGAGAGUCGUGCCAGUUACAAAUCGACCAAACUUGAUUCGGGAAGAACUGUUCUAUGAUCAGUCUUUGCGUUCCAUUAACUUGCAUUUGGCUCUGUUAGGAAAGGCACUGUUUAAGACGUGUGCGCUGCGAUGACAUUUGAAGAGGAGCUGUAGUAAGAGGUUACUUAUGACGUUUUUAAUGUAAAAAAAAUAGCAGAACGCCAGAGAAGCAGCUGGAAUCCCGUAUAGAUUAACAAAACACGUCUGCAGGCGCAAAAAGCUCCACAAGUGUACAGCAGGCUGUGUGCCAAUCAAAAAUGAUGUGAGCACUUCCUGUACCAGCCCUGUAUAUCGUAGAACUUUGGUUAACAUACGUAAAAUAGAAGCAUAGCGCGUCGCCUGAAAAACAAAUGGUUACGCGCAGCGGAGUUUCGAUGGCUAUAUAAACGCAUUAAGGGGGCGAUCGCCAUGAGCAGGAAGUGGACAUUCAGCUUCAACUUCACAUCACCCGCCAUGAGUCAUUUCAGCAUUGCUGCAGCACAUCUGUGGUUCCCUGAAAACCUACUCCAGUGAUUUUGGCCUUUCUGGAUACGAAAGCUUGUUCCGCUGAACGCGGCUUCGUCAAGAACCGCGCAUCACGUCACGUGGUGCCCAUCUGCAAUCGGUGUCCCUUGUGGAGCUGCACAAGGUGCGCACUGUCCUUGCUGGUCACAAUCAUGACAAGUUGGACUACAAGCUUGGACAUUACUACAGUGUUACAGCGCAGCGACCACGCUACUACUCUGACUGUCUGCUCGAGUGUGUGAAAGCUGCUCGGGAUUCACAUGUGCGCGUAAAUGUGUGAAAAUACGCCGCUGUGUCAUCACAGUGCAAUGUGACAAGAGACCUAGCAGGCUGGCCUCUUGCCCUUGAGCGUGUCUUUAUUGUAUAACGGGCUCGCCUACGUUGAGGCAAAUUGGGUGCCAUUCCAAGCAUUGUGGUCGUGAUAAAUGCUGUAAUGCGAGACAUACUUAAGUAAGUUAUGAUGAUGAGGAAAGAGCGACAUGCCACAUUCCAGUCAAGUAUAUGGUGUUUCUUUUUUCUUGCCAGUGCUGAAAAGUUGUAGAAUUAGCAGUGUCCCUGGAAUGAAACGUUUUGACAAUAGACAAGGGGACCUGUCUUCCGCAGGCCCCCGAAGAAGACAUGACCGCUUGUCCUUACCAGCGACAUUCUUCCUUCGCCGAUUUCAUCACGUCAAGCCUCGGUUUUCCCCAGAACUUCUGGCUCAGCUGGAUUUUUUUUUGUAGCUUGACUCUGAGCCAGUGUUUCAGAUGGACAAAGUACUUUCUCUUUUAGUGUCCUUUGUGAGCCCUUAGCUUUGUUUUGGCAAUGGUAGACAGCACUUUCUUGUCACUUAUCGAACUAUACCCCUACCCUGGAGAAGACAAUGAAUCUGAACCUUGGUCGAGCGCACCACGUUCGCAUCUUGUCCUGAUAUGUCAUUUUCUGCGGAUGACAACAUAUAAUUCUUUGGAAGGGUGGGCGACGUGUACAGAGAUGAUCGUUGGUGGAAACAGUGUAGAUGACUGCGCGCAUAGAACGGUUCGCAGUUGAAGCUCAGCUGAACAACAGCGAAAGGUUGUUUAAAAGCGGCCUAUGGGAUGCUUAUCGCAUGCAGAAUUCAUGCAGGAAGAAGUGAUCGUAGUGGAAUGCUGCAGAAAAUAUAGUACCAAACUAGCGCAAUAGCUUCUUUGACUUGUAGAAUGUUAUAUAGUACAGUAAAUGAACGCACGUUGUCUGCAGGGGAAGGUCGCUAAAAAAGGAAAUUGCUUCGCGUGAAAGAUAAAAAAGAUAUUGGGGAUUCAUACCCGGAAAGGUACAUCACCACUAUGAUUCUGAAGAUGUACAACUUGUUUCUGAUCCAUUACUAACAAAACGUUUUUAUUUACGUGAUUACACGUGUUUUUCUAAUGAAAGUGUCUCUUGAUAACCAUUAUUGGGUAGCACGGUUGUUGUAUUUCAGUGGAAAUCACUGUAGAUGUUUAUGCUAAAUGUCGUUGUGGGAGUUCAAUUCACUUUGAAGAACAUGCAUAAUAGUUUAACCUUGGGCCGCACAUUUUUCUAUAAAACUAUGGGCUCAAUGAAAGCACAGUCAAUUCAAGUUUGCUGACCUAAACAAGAGCGCUUAACACUUUUAGCAGCCGUUUCCGUGAUGAUCGCUAAAAGAGGAAUGAGAAGCAAAACAGAUUUUUGCCUUUUGCCAACUAGAUCUUAGACUCUCGUGUUCAAACAUUAAGCGGACAUACAAUCUUAGAAGCAUGUACAGUUAGUCAAUAUGCACAUUUAGGCAAUUACAAUAGGAAUUUACCCGCACUACAGAAUGUGCCAUCGGCACUAGGAGUGCCUUAAAACUAUUUCUGAUGAUCUUGUUAGAACUAGACACAUUCUGUACAUUUCAUAGUAGAUGCUGCAUGCGCUACAUUGGAUAUCCAUGGCGACCACGCAACGAUACCAUGCUAGAGCUUUCGAGCUUGACCACUUCAUGCGUCCCAAAUUUUGUGGCCGUUACAUUUGUGGUUUUAGACUGCUCCUAGUUUUCCCUUUCUUUUGACAGUUUGUUGCAAAAUUUUAUCAAGGCGAAAGCAGGCACGUCUAUAAAAGUUGACCAUCUGCUCCAGAAGUAUUACGGGUCACCAUAAUGUGAGAUUUGCCCGAGGACCGUUGCCAAAUACUUUGUGACAGUUUACAAUGAUGUUGAGUUUACAAUUACGUAUUAUAGGUGGCAGUUCGCUGUGAAAUCUUAUUUUGCCAGAAGUUGUUCUCUGAAAACAGAUGUCAGCGUAUCUGGUUAGUGAUUACAUAUUAACAUAUAGAGCGAACUGUACGAAUAAUUUGCAGUUCAAUCCCCAUUUCGUUCCCAACUCCUCACACAACUCUUCCAUAGAGCAACCGCAGACAACCAUACACAUGUAUGCGACUAUUAUUGUGUACACAUUUUGUAGACAGUCAAGAAUACGCGAGGUUGCUACAUCAAUGUCUUGAGUUCUUUCAGCAAUCUCAAACAGUUAUUUGCAGUGAUUUAAAGGGACGAGCGUGGCUAUCUGCCAGUUUACCUCAUAGUCACAAUAAUGGCUCAUCAGUCACUUUGAAUGUGGCUUGCGUGUAGUCACUCUUCUUUUUUAUUUCCACAGAGGAACUUUGUCCUCGUGUACAUAGAUUUUGAAAGCGUGGUAAUGUACUUUUGUAACUUUUUACACUUCCGACUUCCUCUACUGCUUUUUUCACCACAUGUCAGAAUACCUGCAUUUUCUAUGCGCUUUGCCAUUCGCUAUUGCGUUCUUUAUAUUAAAACAGGUAGGCUGUGGCAGCGCGACAUCAUUAAAGCACUUACAAGCCUUGCCUGUCUUUUGCACUGACUCAGCAUUUGUCUUAUACACAUACAGAGUGCCUUAUUUUUACGCUGAGUAGCUGGCAGCGCAAUUAACUUUUAUGCAAUAUAAUCAAAUGAACCGUAGCGACGAGCUUUCGCGUAGAAGAUGCAAACCAAAAGUGUAACUAUAAUUGGUGGUGCAUUUCUUUCUGUUUAAUUAUUUUUCCCGCGCUAUAUCGUGCCAAAACUUGAGGCUCAUCUCAGUUUAAAAAUGGCACUUAUUGUGAUCCUUGUUUAGUCGCCGUAUUCAAGGACGGGCUCUGUGGACAUGUCAGAGUGUUGCGCUGUGCAGACAGUGCCUGAAUAUAGCGUGACUCACGAGGGGUAAUGUAAAUGGCGAUCCAUGUUCUGCUGCAAUAUACGGUGAGGCGGUGCGCCACACACCCUUGAGUGUUUGCUUGAACGAAUUGAAUGCGCGCGAUGUUUGCGUUUUCAAACUAACCAAUCAAAGUGCCUGUGUCAUUGCAUUUCUGUUCUGUUCCUUGACCGAGAUAUGUAUAUAGUGAAUUAAAGGUUGUUUCAAAUA